GAAGGCCAAUUGGGUUAUGAACUGCUCCCCCCAACUUCCCAUCUCUCCUCUCUCUCUCUCUCUCCCCCUCUCCCCUCUGGUUUUACGAACGUUGUUUUCAGAUGAGCAUUCCCAAUUUUCCAUUGAGAAGAGAGUGGAGUGAGAUUUUGUUUUAUGAUUGAUUGCUGUUCUUAAAUUUCUGGGUUCUGUCUGUAAUGGGUUCUAAGGGAGAAGAGAUGCUGAAGAAAGAUGAGGAAUCAGGGCAAGGGAACAGUUUGUACAGUAAAUUGUGUAUCCAAAACUGUACAACUUGUUAUUCUUUCUCCAGACAUGGGACUUUUGCCUUCAUUGCUUCCUUGAAGUGAAGUUAUAUUAUUCCAAUUUCUUCCCUUCCAGAACACUACUUAACAACCAAAAAGGAAACAAUCAUAAACAGCAACAAAAAUUUAACCCAUCUCAUCAUCAUCAUCAUCAUCUUCUAAGCUUUCUGUUGCACUAGUUUGUGUUUAAAUUUUCUGCGUCCCCAGUCAUGAAGAGGCCUACUGCAGGCAGCUCAGAUUCCUUGGGUGCACUCAUGUCCAUUUGCCCAACUUCAGAUAAGGAACAGAGUCCGAGAAACAACCAUGUUUACGGGGCUGAGUUCCAGUCUAUGCUUGAUGGGUUUGAUGAAGAAGGGUGCGUUGAAGAAUCGGGACAUGUUUCGGAGAAGAAGAGGCGACUGAGUGUCGAGCAAGUUAAGGCUCUGGAGAAGAAUUUCGAAGUGGAAAACAAGCUCGAACCAGAGAGGAAAGUGAAGCUGGCUCGAGAACUUGGUUUGCAGCCUCGACAAGUGGCCGUUUGGUUUCAAAAUCGUCGAGCCAGAUGGAAAACCAAGCAAUUAGAAAGAGAUUAUGGCGUUCUCAAAACCAAUUAUGAAAAACUCAAGCUCAAUUACGAAACUCUCCAACAGGACAAUCACGCUCUCCUCAAGGAGAUUCGGGAACUGAAAUCGAAGCUUCAAGAAGAUAACUCGGAGAGCAAUGUUUCGGUGGAGGAAGAGAUGGUGUUGGCGGCCGCCGACUCUGAGAAUGCUCUGAUUGAAAAAACAGAGCCGGAAACCGGUGACUUCUCUGUUCCUCCGGCGACGGAGUUAAAAGACCUCAAUUACGAGAGCUUCAACAACAAUGGCGGAGAAGGAGAAGAGGUACCAACGGAAGAGGCCUCAUUGUUCCCCGAUUUCAAAGAUGGGUCAUCCGAUAGCGAUUCGAGCGCAAUUUUAAACGAAGAUUACAGCUCCACGGCGGCCAUUUCUUCACCGGGGGUGCUGCAGAACCAGCACUACCACUUCAUGGCGGCAUCUCCGUCUCCGUCUCCCUCCGCCGCCGUGAAAUUCAACUGCUCAACGGCAGCGCUCAAUUACUGGCAGUUUCAGAAGGCGUAUCAACAAACCCAGGUGUAUCCGAAAAUGGAGGAGCAUAAUUUCUUCACCGGAGAGGAGGGUUGCUGCAACUUCUUCUCCGAGGAGCAAGCUCCGAGUCUGCACUGGUGGAGCUAAAUCCGUGGCGGCAUAAGCGAGAAAUUUGAAGAGAGAAUAAAAAUUGGGGAGUAAUUUUCGAGGUCGUUGAAUUGAAGGCAUGAGAGAAUUAAUCGGAAGGAGAAGAUCGGAUUGGGGAGAAGUUAUGGAGAAGAGAAAAUUCACGUGGGGUUCUCCAUGAAAAAUAAUUGCCCCAGUUCUACUUUUCGCUUUCUUCUUCCCUGAAUUCGUGCGGGAAAAUGAUGAGAUCGUAAUUGAAAUCUACGCUGUAAAAAUCAAAACCAGAAAAAAAAAUCAAUCAAUAGGGAUUAGAAAAAACUUGUGUUGGAAAAAUAAUCAUAGUCUUCGCUUUCUUGCCGUCGUCCAAACAGAACAAAGUAGAAUCUUCCUUCUAAUUUUUUCCGCUGCAAAAUUUUCAACAAAUAAGUGAUGAUUUUGUCCCA